GUGAUGACGAGCGCAGUCAGUGAGCGAGCAGCGCGCGCGCGCGCGGACAUCAUCAUCUGCACAUCCAAUGGAGCCGUGCGGACUCUCAUCAAACCCCAGGGCUUUCAUCACAUGCAUCAUCACUCAUAUGACCUGUAGGGAUGGACGACGAUCUGGUGUGUGAAUAUGACUCCACCUGGGACACGGAGAGCGACGGGGACGAGCUGGAAAACACCGGCCGCAGCAAGAAAACACGGCCCGCAUUCUGGUCCAACUCUUCCUCCAGAAACCUCAGGGCCGCCAAGGACAUGCAGAACUACAGACACGGAUAUCCAAAUAUCAAUGAAGAGGAAUGCCCAGAAGAACGGAUGACCAAUUUAAAGUUCUACCUAAAUGAGAUUAAGUCUUCGCCUGAUGAUGUGUCCAUCGAGGCGUUUCACACUGAGUGGAAGACGGAUUACAAAAGACUGGAGAGAGUUCAUUCCUACAUUCAGUGGCUGUUUCCUCUGCGGGAGCCCGGCGUGAACUACAUGGCGGCAGAGCUCACCAAGAAAGAGAUACAAGCGUUCAGGGAGAGUGAGGAAGCUAAGAGUCGUCUCCUGGAUUCCUACGAGCUCAUGCUUGGCUUCUACGGGCUGCAGCUGCUCAGCAGAGACACCGGCGAGGUGAAGCGCGCCGAGAACUGGAGGGAGCGCUUCGCCAAUCUAGAGAGAAACAUGCACAAUAAUCUGCGGAUAACCAGGAUCCUGAAGAGCCUGGGGGAGCUGGGCUUCGAGCAUUUCCAGGCCCCUCUGGUGCGCUGUUUCCUCGAAGAGACCCUGGUCAGGAAGACCCUCAGCGGCGUGAAGCGCAGUGUGCUCGACUACUUCCUGUUCGCCGUGCGGGACAAGCGCGAGCGCAGGAAGCUGGUCCGCUUCGCCUUUCAGCACUUUGAGCCCAAAGACAAGUUUGUGUGGUGCCCCAGGAAAAUCCAGAAACGCUUCAAGAAGAAGUCUGAGAAGCGGCAGAACUCUUUAGCUGGCAGCGGAGAGAGCGCCGCCACUGACGAAGGUCACUCACGGUGCAAACACAGGGAUGGAGAAGACUCCAGCGAGCCCAAACACAGGGAUGGAGAAGACGCCAGCGAGCCCAAACACAGGGAUGGAGAAGACGCCAGCGAGCCCAAACACAGCAAGCCCGUCGGAGACGUCACAGAUGCAAAGAAGCAAGGCGACAGGGAGGGCUCACCAGAAGACCAUGAGCCCGGUCUAGAUGCCCCUUCUGUAGAGUCACCGCUCAACAGUGACACCGGUGCGAACAACGGAGAGACUGUUAGUCUGGAGCCAAGCAGUGCUGGAGGAGGAACGCUUCCUGAAGCCCCUCACACAGCGGAGAGAGUAGAAGACGUCUCAAACACGCCGUGGGAAUGUGUCGCUGGAUCCACUGCAGGGUCGAGCGACUGCGAAGAGAUGGACAGUCCAGCUGACUCGCAGAAGGAGCUCGAGGAAGCCGGCUCAGGGACGAGUACGGACAGGCCCGUGCCCGACAGCCCUCCACACCGCUCCCCGACACCGCCUGAGAAGGGUCCCGACCGGAGAGAGCAGAGCGGCCCGGCUGAAGACCGCCAGAAGAAUGCAGUGAACGGCAACCAGUCAAAUGGAUCAGAGAAGGAAGAGCCCAUGGAUAUUGUGGACGUGAGUUCAUAG